AACUAAACGCAUGAAGAAAUCCAAACACAACGGAGAAAGACAAAACGGGUUAGCUAAACACGAAUAUGGAUGGGAAAAAGUUAGGGGGGGACUGAGGGUGAUGAUGCUUUGCGCUUGCGCUGCGCCCUUUUUUUGUGGAUAUGCAAGAAAGAAAGACAGCAACAUCAACCAACGAGUUGCUGAGCCGCGUGUACCUGUUGCCAGCCGUGUUGCAACGCGUGACCUUGGCGCGGCUACGCACAGCACCUCUCGGCGUUUGGUCAAGGAACAGUCGCGGUGGGUGUUCGCGUGGGGAGUCGGCAGGGUAGGUGCGCUAGAAGCAAGGGGAAGGCUGGGUUUUGAGUCGGUGGAUGAGGUGGGACGGUCAUACUGACGUGUUUUGUUUUUUUGUGACGUGAUGGGCCCGAGGGUGGUAGAAAGUGAGUUUGGAGAAAGACAGGGGUGUGGGUGUCGUGGGUUCAUGGAGGGAAUUUGAUGGGUGGUGUUUGGAAGGGGGCAAUGAACGUGGUGGACGGUGGAUGAUUGCGCUUGUUGGGUGUGGGCAAUGUCAUGUACGCUAGUGUGUGUAAGAAU